AACUUUGAACAUCAAAAUUAACUCAUCCCAUAUGUAGGUGAUUAUUUAAGUUUUAAUUUUAAGAAUACUGCAACUCAAAAAAUCCAAGGCCAUCAAUAAAAGUAACCAAAUGCCAUGAAUGAAAGCAGCGAAAGUAACAGCAGCCAGGGGACUUCUGGUGCGCCUGUUCCUCUACCACAUAUACCAAUUAUAACCUCAGUGAGUUGCUGUCUAAUACUCUCUGUGGUUUAUGUCGCCAGUUUAUAUGUGUGGAACACUAAGCACAAUCGUGACCACCCGACGACGGUUAAGCGACGCUUCUUCAGCGUGUCGGUUGUAAUGCUAAUUGCACCACUUUUUGUAUAUAAAUUUUCUUCACCUGAGCUAUUGGAACGCGUCACGUUUGCCGAACUCUUAGGUUUGCGUUUGCAAGGACUAUUCCCAGCCAUUGUAAUACCGUACUUGCUAACAAUGUUGCUAUUUUUGGGGCCACUAUGUGUACAAAUGCAAAAUGAAUCGCUAAAAGUGUUUGCCGAUCCUGACUAUUGGAUCGGUUCGUUUAAAAAUAUACUCUGGAUACGUAAUCACGUUAUGGCCCCACUUAGUGAGGAAUUCGUUUUUCGGGCUUGUAUGAUGCCGCUGAUCCUGCAGAGUUUCUCACCUUUGACGUCUGUCUUCAUAACGCCGCUAUUCUUUGGCACAGCGCAUAUACACCAUAUUGGUGAGCGCCUUAGCUUGGGUAUGGAACUAAAAACUGCCAUAGUGAUAUCUUGCUUUCAGCUAACCUAUACAACAAUCUUUGGUUUCUACUCAGCUUUCCUGUUCGCGCGUACUGGUCACUUUGUUGCACCAUUCCUUGUGCAUGCAUUUUGCAAUCAUAUGGGCUUACCGGAUGUCCAAGAUUUGUGGCAGCAACAUUUGGUACGCCGUAUACUGCUCAUUAUUUGCUACUUUAUUGGGUUUAUUGCUUGGAUCAUACUGCUGCCAAUCGCUACGCAACCUUCACUAUAUUCAAACAAUUUGUAUUGGAAUACUUAAAUGAUGGAGCGGAAUACUCAUUGAAAUUACAUUUGUACACAAAUGAUGCAUGUGACAAAUUUUGAUUAAGCUUAAUAUUUUAUACAUAUGUAUUUCUACAUAUUUGAAAUGUAAGAAUAAUAGUAUGCGUUUUUUAUAUAAAUAAAUAUUUUUUG